AUGGCUGCAAAAGAAAAGAAAUUUGAUAACAAGUUGAAAGCUUUGGAAGCUAAGUUGAGCAAUGAGAAAAUAUUGAAUGAAGCAUUAAGCCAGGAAGUCACUAUGCUGAAGAUGCGAGAGGAAGAACUUGCUUUAUCGGUUGCUGAGGACAAAACGGCAAUUAAUUCCGAAUUGGAAAGUAAAGAAAGUGAAGUACGUCAAUUGAAGGAGCAACUCGAAAGCAAUAAGAAGAAUAUGGAAGAAGUGUUGAUAAAUAGAGAGAUCUUAAGGAAUCAAGUCAACGAUCUGCAGGACAUCGAAGUACUGCAGCGGCAAAUUUUCGAACUGCAAGCCACCAACGAUCGGCUGGACAAGAGCAAAAAGAAUAUCCAAUCGGAGCUGGAGGAUGCCACCAUCGAGCUGGAGACGCAGUGUACUAAGGUGCUAGACUUGGAAAAGAAGCAGAAGAACUUCGACAAAGUUCUCGCCGAGGAGAAGGCCGUCAGCGAGCAGCAUGUCCAGGAAAGGGAUGCCGCCGAGCGGGAAGCUCGUGAAAAGGAAACCAAGGUGUUGUCGUUGACGCGGGAGCGUGACGAAGCGUACGAGAAGAUCGAGGACCUGGAAACGAAACGGAAAGCACUGCAGAACGAGUUGGAGUCGAAGUUUAUGGAAUUCGAGCAAAAGACUUUGGAUUUGGAAAAGGAGAACCAUCACAUGAAAACGGUUAUCAUUAAUUUAGAGCAAGAAAAAAGUGAUAUUUCUUCAAAGUUUGUGGGAUUCGAACGAAAGAUUUUGAAUCUGGAAAUGGAGAAUUACCGUAUGGAGACGGUUAUUAUCAAUUUAGAGCAAGAGAAGAAUGACCAAUCUUCGAAGUUUAUGGAUUUCGAGCGAAAUAUUGUGGAUCUGGAAAAAGAAAACCAUCGUAUGAAAACGGUUAUCAUCAAGCUGGAGCAACAGAAGAGCGAUCUUACUAAAAAAUGGACAGAAUGUAUUGAUAAUUCUGAAAAGCGACUCAAUGAAAAGGAUACGUUAUCAAAUAAAGUUCAAGCACAAGAAGAAAAUACAAAAUGUUUCAGUAGCUAUGAAAAAGUUACAAGUUUUAAUGGUCCAAGUGAUAUUUUUUGCGUAAUUAAGGAGAAAACACAGAACAAAUUGACCUCAACGCUGAAGCAGUUAAAGAAAGCCCAUGCGGAGAAAGCUAUGAGCGAAAACUGCAAUACUAAAACUCGGUUGAAAUUGCAACAGCUACAAGAAACUACCAAUGAUAACGAGAACUUUUUUCAAGAACCCCAAAGCCAAAUCAAACAACAAGAAAGUGCUCAUGCCAAAGAGGAAGCAACUAUUGCGAGUCUCGCAAAACGGAAUUACUUCGAACCACUCGACAAUCUUUUAAACGAGAUAGAUUCACUACGAGAGUGUGUCUUUUCGGAAAACUAUGAGUGCCUAACGGAACUCCUGUGGGAUGACCACGGUUGA